AUGAUAGAACGUCUGAAUAGGACUUUACUCCAAUAUUUGUCGUCCUUCGUAGAGCAGAAUCAGAGAGAUUGGGACACCUGGAUUCCUUUUUUCCUCCUGUCUUAUAGAUCUGCGAUUCACGAGACGACAAAACAGACGCCCGCUUGUAUGCUUACGGGGAGAAAUCUUCGACUCCCGUCAGAUUUAGAGAAAGGCCCUGUUCCCGUGCAAACUCAACCUCAGACAGAUUAUGCCUCUGAUUUACAACAACGCCUAGAAGAAAUUCAUAAUUUUGCAAGGGAAAGAAUUUCUAUGGCUUCAGAUAAAUUAAAAGCUCGCUACGAUAUACGAGCUAGAGAUUUAAAAUAUAAUCCCGGAGAUUCUGUCUGGCUUUUCCAACCUAGAAGACAGAAAGGAAAAUGUCCAAAACUCCAACGAAACUGGGAAGGUCCAUAUUUAAUAGUUAACCGGAUCAACGAUGUCGUUUACAGGAUCCGAAAAACGCCUCACUCUAAAGAAAAGGUCGUACACCUGGACCGUCUAGCUUCGUUCGAGGAACACACUCGAACGGAAUCACCCGGACCUGGAACAUCCUCCCAGUCUUUGAUUGAUUGGGAACAUAACCUUCCCUUCGGAAUUUCACUCCAUAAGAAGAAGUCACUUUCUAUUAUCAUCGAAGGGAAUAUCGGAUGCGGGAAGACAACCUUUACUAAAAGAUUCUUGUCGGACCCUCAGGUUUGCACCCUAUUAGAACCCCUCGAUCAGUACCGUGAUGUUGCCGGAGUCAACUUAUUACAAUUGAUGUAUGAAGACCCAAAUAGAUAUUGCUACCAGUUCCAGCAUCACGUUCAACAAGUUAUGUACGAUAGACAUCUUCUUUUAACCUCUCGGCCUGUCAAAAUUAUGGAAAGGUCGAUGUUUAGCGGCGAUUGUUUUAUCGAAACUCAUCGCAGGUUAGGAAAUCUUCGAGAUUUCGAGGCUCAUCUACUCAGAAAAAAUUCCGCUCUUCUCAUUCAAGCGUUCCAACUCGGAGUAGAUUUAAUAGUUUAUUUGCGAGUUUCCCCAGAAACCUCUUUUGUUCGGAUUAAUUCUCGUGCACGCAAGGAAGAAACAGAGAUUCCUCUGCAAUUGCUUAGAACUAUUCAUGAAGUUCAUGAAGAUUGGUUGGAGGCAUUUUUUCUUCCUUACCUGCCCCCGUGA